AUGGCCUUGGUUCUACAGCUGCUGCUGCUCUCUGGAACCCAAGGGGAUCCUGGGGUUUCCCUGGAGGGUCGCCCUGGGGACCGAGUGAAUCUCUCCUGCAUAGGUGUCUCAAACCCCAUCCGUUGGGCCUGGGCACCUAGCUUUCCAGCCUGUAGGGGCUUAUCCAAAGGACGCCGUCCGAUCCUGUGGGCCUCGCCUUCUGGAACCCCCACCGGGCUUCCUGCCCAACCCUUCGUGGGCCGUCUACGCCCCUUGGAGCCUGGCAUCCAGCAUCUGGAGCUGCUUUUGAGCACGGGAGAUUCCGGUACAUUUUUCUGCAAGGGCCAAGAGGAAGAGAGUCAGACGGUGCUUCACGUGCUGGAGGAUCGCACCGAAUGUAGAGGCCGAGGUCCCCCUCACAUAGCUCCAUUCAUGAAAAUCCAGUCGCAGAGGUCAGUGAAGGAAGAGGAGUCCAAGCUCCCUGGGAACUCUGACCAGGAGCCGAGCCUACUUUAUGCCGAUCUGGACCAUUCAGCCCUGAGAAGCCCCUGCCGCCUGUCCCCAGAGGUCACUGCUGAUGCCUCCACCAUCUAUGCAGUUGUAGUUUGA